AUGGUUCUCGAGCGUGUAAAGCAGCUGGCUCAGCAGGUAACGAAUACUGCUGGUCCCGCUCAUCCCUUGGAUCCUUUGACUCUCUCGGAAAUCGAAGCAACCGUCUCGAUCCUCCGAGCCGAAUAUGGCAAGCUGUACUACAAUGCCAUCACUCUCUUCGAACCUCCCAAGGCAGAGAUGGUGAAGUGGUUGGCUAGUCCAGACCACGCUCCUCGCCCACAGCGGAAGGCCGACAUCGUCGUCAUUGGCACUGAUGGCAAGGUGUACGAUGGCGUCGUCAACCUUGAAGCUGGCAAAGUUGAGAAGUGGGCACACACCCCCGGUGUACAGCCUCUCAUCACCAUGGAAGACCUCCAAGCCGUCGAACACGUCUGUCGCAAAGACCCGAAAGUUAUCGAGCAGUGUGGCAUUGUCGGCAUUCCGCCUGAGGAGAUGCACAAGGUCUACUGCGACCCCUGGACUAUCGGCUACGACGAGCGCUUCGGUACCAGCGUCCGUCUGCAGCAGGCCUUGAUGUAUUACCGACCUCAUGUCGACGACUCACAAUACUCCUUUCCCCUGGAUUUCUGUCCCAUCUAUGACGCCAACAAGGGCGAAAUCGUGCACAUUGACACCCCCAAAGUACGCCGACCUGUCUCACGUAAUCCACCUAACAAUUACAACGUCAAGGACAUUCAACAAUCCGGCGGCUAUCGCACAGAUCUCAAGCCUAUCAACAUCACCCAACCCGAAGGUGUAUCGUUCACCAUUCAGGGCCGCGUCAUCAAGUGGCAAAACUGGUCGGUCCACGUCGGCUUCAACUACCGUGAAGGCAUCGUACUCAACAACAUCAGCUAUUUCGACAAAGACGAGGGUGCAGUACGGCCAAUCUUCUACCGCUUGUCCCUCGCCGAGAUGGUGGUUCCGUAUGGCAAUCCUGAACAUCCCCAUCAGCGUAAGCAUGCUUUCGAUCUUGGUGAGUAUGGUGGUGGAUACAUGACCAACUCAUUGGCUUUGGGUUGCGACUGCAAGGGCAGUAUCCACUACAUGGACUUUGAUUUCGUGACCAAAUCCGGCGCAGCUUCCACCAUCAAGAAUGCAGUCUGUAUCCACGAGGAAGACGCCGGUAUCCUCUACAAGCACACCGACUUUCGCGAUGACAGCGUGAUUGUCACACGCGCCCGCAAGCUGAUCGUCAGCCACAUCUUCACAGCUGCGAACUACGAAUACUGCGUGUAUUGGAUCUUCCACCAGGACGGUACAGUGCAGCUGGAAAUCAAGUUAACAGGUAUUCUAAACACUUAUGCUAUGCUACCCAAUGAGGACACCAAGGGAUGGGGCACGCAAGUGUACCCCGGUGUGAAUGCGCAUAACCAUCAGCAUCUGUUCUGCUUGCGCAUCAACCCCAGUAUCGACGGGACCGACAACACCGUCUUCCAAGUGGACGCAGCGCAAGGAGCAGGCGAAGUGGGAUCAGCAGAAAACUUCUACGGCAAUGCGUUCUAUGCCAAGAAGACUAAGUACACCACACCCGAGGGAUCCAAGGCCGACUACGAUGGCAAGAGCAGCAGGUCCUGGGACAUGUGCAACGAAGGGAAGCUCAACAAAUACAGUGGCAAGCCCGUGAGCUACAAGCUCGUGAGUCGCGAAGUCCCUAUGCUGCUGCCAAAGGAAAACAGCUUGGUAUGGAAGCGUGCGGGCUUCGCUCGUCACGCAGUGCAUGUUACAAAGUACGACGAUGCUCAACUACACCCCGCUGGCCGACACGUUCCCCAGACCUCCGGCGAGCCCAGCCAAGGCAUCCCGCAAUGGAUCGCUUCCAACCCAACACAAAACAUUGCCAACACCGACAUCGUGCUCUGGCACACUUUUGGCAUCACGCACUUCCCCUCGCCCGAGGACUUCCCAGUCAUGCCAGCGGAGCCAAUGACGCUUCUGCUGCGGCCCAGGAACUUCUUCUUGAGGAAUCCCGCCCUCGAUGUUCCACCUAGCUUUGCAAGGACACCAAGUGAGGUUGCGGCUGGCAAGCAGGGAUGCUGCAGUAAGGAUAAGGCCAGCGUGCUUGUGUAA